AUGAUUCGAAGCAGGAGCCCGCGCUCUCCGCCUGCAGCCUACAGGGCCCUGGCGCAUCAUCCAGCCGCUGGUCAGAUGCUGGACUCUGUAUCGCUCAUUCGAUCUUUCAAUGUGGAAACCAAUCCAACCAGGCCAAUGCGGCCGUCUCCAUUGAACGCGUCGCCAAUUCCAGAUAUGCCACUGGACCUACUGGACCGUAUGAGAUCCUUUCCCCUCUUCAUGUCUGCGCCCGAAGAUUUUCUGGUGGCUAUAGGAAAGCACCUCAGACCCCAGAUUCACGCCGCACAUGAUCAUGUGCUGAGAGAAGGAGAUCCCGCAAAAGCCAUGUACUGGUUAGUCCGCGGCGUGGUGGCUGUCACUUCUCGAGAUGGCGAGGCUGUCUAUGCUGAGCUUAAACCCGGGUCGUUCUUUGGCGAGAUUGGUGUGCUGAUGGACAUGCCACGUACUGCAACCAUUGUGGCUCGAUCCAAAUGUCUUCUGCUUGUGCUCAAGAAAGAGGACCUUCAGCAGGAGCUCCCAGGAUUUCCCGACAUGGAAAAGGCCAUCCGCCAUGAGGCCCACGAGAGGUUGACCAUCCUCAAUAAGAAGCGCCAGGAGAGUGGUAGUAAGAAAAAGUCGGCUUACAAGUUGGCACGGGAGGCCGCGCCAGGAGAAGUCUCCACGGGAGACGAGGGUGUCAUCAAGGAGGGCAGUGUGGUCAAUCACAAGAAGAGGAAAUCACCAAGCCCUGGCGUCAUUGAAGACCCAUCUGGUGGAAGUGCCAUUGGUAGCGGCACCGUCAAUGUUCGGCAAACGCUGAGAGAACUGCCACUUUUCGCAACCCUUCCGCCAGACAUUCUUCACUUCCUUGGAAUGAGCGCCCAGCCGAAAACAUAUCCACCAUUCACUGAUAUAGUACAGCAAGGCGCUCCAGGGGUAGAAAUCUAUUUCAUUGUGCGUGGCGAGGCCGAGGUCAUACAUGCGCCUUUGAAGGAUCAGAUAUCCGCUGGACGCUUGAAACGGUCGUCAUAUGUGCGACCUAGGCUCCGAGCAGGGCAAUAUUUUGGUGAAGUCGCCAGUCUCGGGCUUUCACGUGAGCGUACAGCAACGGUCAGGUCCAUCACCACUGUUGAAUGUCUCAUGAUUGGUGCAGACGCGCUUGAAGAGCUGUGGCGAAAAUGCCCAGCAGACAUAAAGAAACAGGUCGAAGAGACGGCCAAGACACGGAUUCAACCCGCCGAUGAGGAUACGGAAAUGUCGGAUGCUUCUGACAGGUCGGAGCCAUCAACACCUGUCAGGACUGCCCCGAAUAUGAUUUUCACGACACCUUCGAAACCCUCAUCUCCUUCCAAGGAUGAUCUCGAUAUUAUCAAGCCAAAGGACCCAGACCCCUAUCUCAGCGUCGACAUGGAAAACAUUCGUAAUCGACGUCGUGGUUCACUCGCACCGCCGACACCUCCAGCAGACUCUCCAAGCACGCCAAAGGCAAAUGGCGUGCGGCAGCGUAUUGUUGAAUUGGCUACUCCUGUCAAGUUCGCAUUCUCCUCCUUCUCCCCUGAUUCCGAAGGUCCUUCUAAAAAGGCUAGAAUCUCAUCCAUACGAUCUGCCCAAAACGAUGGAGUGUUGCCUGACGAUCUUCUUGUUGCCACAUGGCAAUGGCUUGACAUUGUCGAGCUUCUUCGGCUUCGACAAGUUUCGUCGCACUGGCGACGACUGUUGGCAACGUCUCCUAAACUAUGUCGCGACGUCGAUUUGAGGCCCUAUAACCGACGGUUGACAGACAGUGUGCUCAUCAAUAUAAUAGCGCCAUUUGUUGGCCCACGCCCCCAUUCGGUUGACGUGAGCAACUGCUUCCACGUUACUGACGAAGGUUUCUCUACGCUAUGGAAGGUCUGCGGCAAGAAUGUCAAGAUAUGGAAGAUGAGGUCGGUAUGGGAUGUUUCUGCCAAUCAAAUCCUAGACAUGAGCGAACACGCAAAAGGUCUUGAAGAGGUUGAUUGGAGUAACUGCCGAAAGGUUGGAGAUAACCUCCUAGCACGUGUGGUUGGCUGGGUCGUUCCAGAACAGGCACCGCAAGGACGACAACAGGUGGUCAUCUCAAGCUCAAGGAGGGGCCAGAAGCCACAGACACAGACCAUCACCUUGCCACCCGCUGGCACCGUCAUUGGAUGCCCGAAACUCAAGCGACUGAAUUUGUCUUACUGCAAACAUAUCACCGAUCGCUCAAUGGCACAUAUGGCUGCCCACGCCUCCAACCGCAUUCAGUCACUCUCACUGACCCGAUGUACCUCUAUUACUGACGCAGGCUUCCAAUCUUGGACACCUUUUCGCUUCACCAAUCUCACGCAUCUCUGCCUAGCCGAUUGUACUUAUCUCUCCGAUAACGCCAUUGUAGCUUUGGCAAACUCGGCUAAAUCGCUGACGCAUCUCGACCUUUCAUUCUGCUGUGCCCUGUCUGAUACAGCAACGGAGGUUGUGGCACUGGGACUGCCAAUGUUGAAAGAGCUUAAGAUGGCUUUUUGCGGCAGCGCUGUCAGUGACAACAGUCUUGCCUGCAUCGCUCUGCACCUGAACGAUCUUGAGCGCCUGAGCGUGAGAGGCUGUGUGCGCGUGACUGCAGUCGGUGCCGAGAGUGUGCUCGACGGUUGUUCACGCCUUACCUGGUUAGAUGUGAGCCAGUGUCGGAAUCUCGAGAACUGGGUCAACGGAGGUGGCGUCGGCAGAUGGGGCUACGACGAGCGCGCAUGCCGUGGCAAGGAGCCGCAGAGCAUCAGCGAGAUGGAAAGGGACUGGGUAGCACAAAGCCCACCCAUGAUGAAACGAAUGAGCCUCAUCCCGCCUAGAAAUCUAGGAGGAGGUUUCCGCAACGGCCGGGCUAGAAAGCCGGUCACCUUUGUUGUUGAAAAGGGGCCGGGCGAGCUGCGGUGA